AUGGUGGCGUUCAAGUACGGCGAAUGGGACUACAUCUGUCGAGUGUCGCCCCAGCCCAUCUGCAGCCUGUUCUUCCGCCAGCUGCUCGUCCAUCCCGACCGGGGAGAGCAGGCGGCGCCGGACGCCUAUCUGCAGCUCCCCGCCGCCGACCCCACGGCUCGAGAGGCCGCACUCAGAGAGCUGGGCCUCGGCAUCCGCGCCCCCUGCGCCAUCCCGCGCAUGGAGUCCGUCGGCGGCAAGCCCGACGCCCUCGGCAACGCCGCGAACAUCGUCGCCUGCUGCCUCAGUCUCUUCGUCGUCGCGGGCUUUAUCCGCAAGGCGUUCCGGCGGAAAGCGGCGGUGGCGCGGGUCGAGAUCCUCAUUCUGCUGGGGCUGUACGGGCUGCUCAAGUUCUUCGAGAUCUUUGCCACCGGCGCCUUCCUCGAGCAGGGCGCCCGGGCCGUCGUCUGGCUCACCGCGCUCCACCUCGCCCUCGUCGUGUGCUUCUUCGGCGCACUCGUCUGGCUCGGCUUCCUCGGCCUCCAGCUCGUCGAGGACGGCACCCCGCUCUCCCUCGGCCCCCUGGCCGCCUCGCUCGCUUUCCUCUUCAUCGGAUCCAUCUACAUCUUCUUGGACACCGGGUUUGGCGUCACACAUUACUUCUCCAGCCAGCCCGCUAGCCAUCUCUACAGUCCCUGGACCUUCUCCCUAGUGAUCCUGUGGCCGCUGAUAGCGCUGACGAUCUACGGGGGGCUGACGGUCCUGGUGGCGGUGCGGAUUCUGGGGGAGCUGAAGCCGGUGAUCGUGGUGCUGUGCAGCCUAAUGACGCUGGGCCUGGGGGAGAUAUUCCGGUGGGUACUGACGCAGCCGAUCUGCCAUUCGUCGGACGCGACGGUGGACGGGAGCUUUGUGGCGAGUCUGCUCGAGCUGGGCGCGCUGGGCCUGGUGGUGUACAACUGGACCUGUCUGACGGAGGCCGAGUGGGAGGAGUACAACGACCUCGGCUUCGCCUUCCCCCCCGCCCACCCGCUCCCCAUGGCCCAACACCCCUCCAGACCCCCAUCGCUCAACACCGCCCCGCCCCAAGACCCCUCUUACCCCCCGAAUCACGCCUACAAUCCGGACCCCUACCGACCCCAAUCCCACUUCCAGCAGAACCCCCACCACGUCCUCGAGCCUUCCGGGGACCAACAGGGCCCGCUGGUCACCAACGCCUUCGCCUCCCAGCCGGCCUCCCAUCUUGCAUACGACCCCAAAACUUAA